CUCUCCAAUACUUGCACACUUCCUUCCACUUUACACUGUUUAGGGAUUAAAAAAAUCACUCCAAUACUUGCACACUUUCUUCCACUCUAUAUAAGGCUUAUCGAUUAUCGUACCACUGAGGAUUAAAAAAUUCACUCUUUUCUCACACCUUAUAGUUAUACAUAAUUGUUUGACCUCAGAUUCACCACUCCACCAUCUCUAUGGCAAAAUCCAAAAGCCUCACAUUUGUUUUCACCAUCAUUCUCACGCUUCUCUUCUCAUUGGCCACCGCAAAAUCCCCUCCUUUCUACCGAACCAUAUCUCCAACAUCUCUGGGCCUCCACAAGGAGAAACUAAGCCACCUUCAUUUCUACUUCCACGACAUUGUCAGCGGCCCAAAGCCCACGGCCGUCAGAGUGGCCGAGGCCCGCAUCACCAACACUUCCUCCACGCUUUUCGGUGUCGUAGUCAUGGCCGACGACCCAUUGACCGUGGGCCCCGAGCCAGGAUCCAAAGUCGUGGGAAGGGCCCAAGGAAUAUACGGAUCUGCAGCCCAAGACGAAACGGGCCUGUUGAUGAUAAUGAAUUUGGCAUUCACGGAGGGAAAGUAUAAUGGCAGCACACUGAGCAUGUUAGGGCGGAACACGGUGUUCUCCGCCGUGAGAGAAAUGCCAAUAGUUGGAGGAAGCGGGGCUUUCCGGUUCGCACGUGGGUAUGCUGAGGCCAAAACUCACACGUUUGAUAUCAAGACAGGGGAUGCUGUUGUCGAGUACAACGUCUACGUGUUCCAUUAUUAACCACUGCGUGAUAUGGCAUCCUUCCAAACAUCAAUCCAUGAUUCUUGUCUUUACUUUCUCCUCCUUUUUCUUUUUUGUUUGAUGCUUUUCGAAUAACUUGUCUCUAUCUAUGCUUCGUUACUCGUUAGAUGUAACGUGUUGUGUGACUUUUGUUAAACAUAUAUGACUUAAGAAACGAUAAUGACUUGAGGGUCGGAUUGAUUCAUGUUCAA